AUGAACCUAAGCUUCUUUGAUCAAUUCACAAGCCCAUGCCUCCUAGGAAUCCCCCUAAUCCUACUCUCAAUACUAUUCCCUGCCCUACUACUCCCAAUGCCAGGCAACCGAUGGGUCACUAACCGCCUCUCUACCCUCCAGCUAUGACUUUUCCACCUAAUUACAAAACAGCUAAUAAUCCCACUAAACAAAGCAGGGCACAAAUGAGCCCUAAUCCUGACAUCACUAAUAGUCCUACUACUCACAAUCAACUUACUAGGACUACUUCCAUACACCUUCACCCCCACAACCCAACUCUCCAUGAACAUAGCACUAGCCUUUCCACUUUGACUAGCCACUCUCCUCACAGGCCUACGAAACCAGCCCUCAAUCUCCCUAGGACACCUACUACCAGAAGGAACCCCCACACUACUAAUCCCUGCCUUAAUCCUGAUCGAAACCACAAGCCUACUCAUCCGACCACUAGCACUAGGUGUCCGUCUCACAGCAAACCUCACAGCAGGUCACCUGCUCAUCCAACUCAUCUCUACAGCCACUACCGCCCUCCUCCCCAUCAUACCAACAGUAUCUAUCCUAACUACAUCAAUUCUGCUACUACUCACAAUCCUAGAGGUAGCCGUAGCCAUAAUCCAAGCUUACGUCUUCGUCCUCCUACUAAGCCUGUACUUACAAGAAAACAUCUAA